AUGGUGCGAAAUCUAUCUGAUGUGGCCACUUUGCCUGGCUACAUUGGGCCGCCGAACAAGUUACCCGAGGGAUCGGAGGACGAGGAUCUAGAAGACGAAGAUUAUGACCCCCCUAUCAAUGAUUUGGACACCGGUGCUCUCGUCAAUGAAUUAAUGCAACAAAGCCUCUUGCCUAGGGAUGUUGGUUUGGCACCCCACGAGCAAGCGUAUGCUGCGAACACUCCCGAGGGCCUCACUUGUAAGCUCUCUGCACUGUCUGCGGCGGAGCCAAAGAAGGCGCAAGAAGGUUCUUAUCGUGGAACUCAGUUGGUUCUAACGAAGGUCUACGAUCUGAUAGAGCAGCGGUUCAUGGCCUACACAGAUGUUACAGGUAUCGAACCUUUGCUUCCUUUGGCCAUGGAGAGGAAGGACAGGAAAGAAUUCUUCGAAUUCACGAGAAAGGGCGGCUAUCCCCCUCAUCUUGAUCUCGAUCUGAACAAAUAUUGGGCAGACAAUGAGGAGGAUGACGACACACAGAAGUCAACCCUUCCGCAAAACAGCAUUUUCGACUCCACUUACCUGUACCAGUUAGGUGUUAUGAUGUUGAAACUGGUACCGGAUCGGUUUACGGGCGUCGGAACGCCGGCCAAUGGCAAGAAAAUCUCCGACGUGGAAAAGUACAACCGCGAUCAAAUCAAGGCUGCGGAGGAAAGAGCGAAAAAGGACAAGAACAAAACGAAUUUUGCUGGCUUCCCAAUUGACGAUAUCUUCAACCGUCCCAACGUGGGACAGUUGAACGAUUGGUACAGCGAUGCCCGGUUUGCCCAGCAGCAAUUCACGGGAACGAAUCCAACAACAAUUAAGCGGGCAUCGGAUACUUGGCUUGAUCACUUCGUUGAAGCUGCAAAGACACCGGAGGAUGCAGUCCCGAAGGAGACCAUCGAGAAACUUAUUGCUAAGGACAAAAAGUCCUUAUAUAUACAGGAUUACAGCAAUUUUCGGAAGUCUGCAGGAUUCACGAACCUCAAAGCUGAUAUCGAAUACCAUGGCUGGUUUCAAAGUCAUCGUUAUGGCUGCGCGGCAGUAUGUCUCUUCUUUCUCGAUGGAAAAGGGACGCUUCAUCCGCUCGCAAUUGUUACAGACUGGCGAGGUAGCUUGGAAGCCUCCGUGACUAUCUACAACCGGGAAUUGUUCAAACGGAUCAAUCUCCUGACCGGAGAGUCAAACCAGCCCAAUAUGGCGGAGAAAAAUGUUGAUGAAGCUCAGGACUGGCCGUGGAGAUAUGCCAAAACCUGCGUCCAAACGAGCGAUUGGUUCCAGCAUGAAGUCUCCGCGCAUCUUACUCGUACCCAUCUGGUGGAAGAGGCUAUAAUUGUCUCCGCGAACCGACAAUUCGAUCCCAAUCACGCUGUCUUUAGGAUCCUUCGUCCGCACUGGCAAAAGACAUUGGCUCUCAAUGCUGCCGCCCGGGGAACCCUCGUUCCGAGUGUUAUUCUUCGGAUUGUCGGUUUCAAUGAGGAGCAGGCCUUGAAGUUCAUUCGAACCGAAUACCAGGCCUACAAUUUCGAGCAAAGCUACGUGCCAUUGGAUCUCCGCAGUCGCGGUUUCCCUCCAGAGGAACUUGACUCGCCAAAGUUUCAUAACUACACCUAUGCCAGAUGUGUCAACAACAUGUGGAAGAAGAUCAGAAGCUAUGUCAAAAAUAUGCUUACGCUGGAAUACGGGUGUGGUCUUCGGAGGAAAGAGAUCGACAAGAAAGUCAAGAAUGACAAAUCAAUUCGGAAGUGGUGCACCGAGAUGCGCAGUCCAGAUGGUGCCGAUCUACGCGGUUUCCCCAAAAUCGAAAACUUCGAGCAGCUCAUCGACUGCGUGACGAUGUGUAUUCACAUUGCAUCACCCCAGCACACUGCAGUAAACUAUCUGCAAGACUACUAUCAGGGAUUUGUGAUUAACAAACCAUCCUGUCUCUUUGCCCAGCCUCCAAGGAAAUUGGAAACUCUACUGGCGUACACCGAGCAAGACCUUCUGAAGGCACUGCCGAUCAAUCAUCCACAUGAAUGGCUGUUAUCUUCGCACGUUCCAUACUUGCUGAGUUUCAAACCAGACAAGCAGAAGGAAACGCUAAAGGGGUGCAUUGACUCGGCUCUAGCGCUGAUCCAUCCUGAGAAUCCGGAUAAUCCCCCGGCAAAAUACCGUGUCCUCAACAAAUUCUCUCAGGCACUCAAGGAAACCGACGAAGAAUUUAAGAAUUAUGCUAACGAAAAGUGGGACGCCAAGGAUAUCCCUUACUCCAUCUUGAAUCCAGACUAUAAUGCGGUGUCGAUUUUGAUUUAG